AUGUCUUCAAACCAUGUAGGUGGUGUAUUAUCUGGUGUAAACCCAUUUGAUUACAAUUCUAGCUCUCCAAUUACAUUAUUUCUUUUCCAAACAUGUCUGAUCCUUAUCAUGUGUAAUCUAGUUCACAUACCAUUCUCUAAAAUACGGCAACCAAGAGUUAUUUCCGAAGUUAUUGCUGGGGUAAUUCUAGGUCCCACUGUGUUUGGUCAAAUACCGAAUUAUACAAAGACUGUUUUCCCCUCUGCAUCGAUUCCUGGGUUGAAUCUUGUGGCUAAUCUAGGUAUUAUCUUAUUCAUGUUUUUCUUGGGACUAGAAGUAGACAUUGAGUUUAUUAAAAAGCAUUUGAAAACAGCAUUAUCAAUUGGGUUAAUCACUUUGGCUGUUCCAUUUGGAUUCGGUUGUUUACUAGCCAUUCCUUUAUUUAAUACUUAUGCAAAUAAAGAUCCUGAUGAUAGAUAUGUCAAAUUUACUGUUUAUAUGGUUUUCAUUGCAGUUUCUAUGUCAGUUACUGCCUUUCCAGUAUUAUGUCGUAUUUUGAACGAGUUACGUUUGAUUAAAGAUAGAGCAGGGAUUGUUGUCUUAGGAGCAGGUAUCAUCAAUGAUAUCUUAGGUUGGGUCCUAUUAGCUUUGAGUGUCAUUCUUUCCAAUUCAGAAUCAAGUCCCGUUAAUACGGUAUACAUUUUGUUAUGUACCCUCGGUUGGUUUUUAAUAUAUUUCUUUCCUUUAAAAUAUCUAUUGAAAUGGAUUUUAAUUAAGACGCAUGAAUUAGAUAGACCUAAACCAUCUCCCUUAGCCACAAUGUUGAUAUUAUUGAUCAUGUUUGUUUCAGCAUAUUUCACAGAUAUCAUUGGUGUUCAUCCAAUUUUCGGUGCUUUUAUUGCAGGUCUUGUUGUUCCAAGAGAAAAUAAUUACGUUGUUAAGCUAGCAGAAAGAAUGGAGGAUAUACCAAAUAUUGUAUUUAUCCCCAUUUAUUUCGCUGUUUCAGGAUUAAGCGUUGAUUUAACCCUUUUAAAUAAAGGAGAAGAUUGGGGUUAUAUAUUUGCCGCAAUUGGUAUUGCUGUAGGAAGUAAGCUUGUAUCUGGGUCAGUAACAGCUUAUUUGCAUGGAUUAUUCUUUAGAGAAUCCUUAGCUGUGGGUGUUUUGAUGUCUUGUAAAGGUAUUGUGGAAAUUGUUGUUUUAACCAUUGGGUUGAACGCAGGUAUUAUUACUCAAAAAAUUUAUGGUAUGUUUAUCCUAAUGGCUUUAGUAUCUACCUUUAUUACAACUCCAAUGACGCAGAUGAUUUAUACGGAUUCUUAUAGAAAAACGAUUAAGCCAAGAAUGAUCCAAAAGAGAAAUAAAAAGAGGCAUCAAGAGAAUCCUGAUUUAGAAUUAAACUUUAAUUCAAGCCACAAUAGAAAUUCAAAUGACGAGGAAAUAUAUAUGGAUGAAAUUACUCCAUUAACACAAGAUGAUAAAGAAGAACUUGAAUUCAUUAGAAGGAAAAAAUCCUUAUUUUGCUUCGAAGAUAUUACAACUUUUAUUCCAACAAGAAUUAUUAAUAUUAUUAAUAGUACUGAUACUAUUUCUCCCUCUCUUCAUUUGUUGAAUUAUUUAAUUUUUGCAAAAAAUUCCUCCAUUCAAUCGAAGUUAAAUUAUCAUAAUAUUAAUAGUAAUAAUUCAUUGCCCAAUCAUCAUGGUGGUAAAACCACUUCAACCUCUAUUAGUAGAAUAUCAUCUGGUUCAACAUUAAAAGUUAAAUCAUUAAAAUUAAAGCAUUUUUUCUCCAAGAAUAAUGAUGUUUACGAAAACUUGAGUGUUGUGGAUGAAAACGUUCAAAAUUUCGAUGCAAUGAUUCCAUUGAAAGCUAUUCAUUUAAAAUUAUUAACUGAAAGAACUACUGAUUUAUUACAAUCUUCUAAAUUUUAUCACGAUGAAACUUAUGCUACAGAUGUAGAUUCUCAUAACCGUAAUACAUAUGUUAAUUCAGACUCAUAUUUGGAAAUCUUCGACAUUUUUACUCGUCUAGGCAAGAUCCCUUUCUCAAGUGAAGUGAUUUUUUCUACAAUGAGAGAAAAGGCAAUCAAUAUUGUUAAUACUGAAAUGAAUGAUUCGGAUAUUGUGAUUUUACCAUUAAAAGGAUCUUCAUUCAAUACAACACAGUCGAUUAUUACAUCAAAUGGGAAUCCUUCGUCACAUAGAAACAUUUCAUGGGAUCUUAAUAAUUUUGAACAAUGUUGUUCUCAUAUGUUUGGCUUAAAUGAAUUAUCUUCAAAUUUUUUCCAAAAUUUAUCCAAGUCAUUAAAAGCAAAUUUUAUCAUGAUGAUUUCAAAUACAGGUGGGAGGAUUUGUGUUGAUAGAUUUAAGAAAAAGAGGUAUAACUUGUUAUUACCAAACCCAAAUUUAGCUUCUUCUGAUUUUUUCGCAAUGUAUUUAUUCUUAUACGUAUGUUAUAAAAGCAUUUUAGCUGGUGAUCCAAUUAGAGGAACUAUUUAUAUCAAUGGUAAAAAUAUCGAUUUUUUGGACAACCUCUAUAAUCUAUUUCCAGAUCAAGAUUGGUUUGCAGAUGCCUCAAUUGAUAUUAUUAAUGUUGAUGUGGCUGAAAAGUCUAUCGAAGAAAUUUCAUCAACUUCCUUCAUUGAAGCUGUAUUAAACGAUAAUACGCCUGAAAUCACUUUAGAUGAUAUAGAAGAUACAACUUUUAUUAUUCCAGAACAUUUAUUUUCGGGCACAGUUCCAUUUUCUGAGGAAGUUAAAUCUACAAUUUUACAAGGUGCCCGUAGGAAGUUUGACGUAUUAAUUCCACAUUAUUAUUGCUCUGAAAGACCUAAUUCUAAUGGCCCUACAGAUCCAACCAUGGUUUCCUCCCAGAAUAUCAAAAUUGAUGACAAAUCUGAAUUAUGCACAAGCAAAGCGUAUGCUUCAUCUACAUUCACAACGCAAACUAAUAAAAUAGAUUAA